AUCGCCGCAAAAUGUGUGAACACCAAUUUGAAACCGAGGUAUGCGCAAAGUGCGGUGAAUACGUCACCACGUACACAAAUUACAACUCUCCCCAGAAUGUGCGUCUUCCAUACAGACAGUAUGUAGCACUUCGAACCAUUGAAGCGAUACUUAGCAGACUAUCGUGCCCGGAAUACACAACGCAGGUUUUUGAGAUGUACAGGUCUAUGAAGUUCAAGGGACGUACCGAAAAUAUUUUAAAAAUCAAAAGUAUAAUUUACAAAGUGUUGAGGAAUAAAAUUGGAUUGGUGCACAUUGCAACAGAUAGGAGAGAGGGCCGUAGAAUCUUGAGGAACGUGAUGCUUAAUUUUAAACGUGAGUACCAACACAGCGCGAAAGAUGCAAGGCAUACGGAAGCAACUGCGAUAGUUCGAAGUAAAGAGUACGUUGACGGGCAUUUGGAUUUAGUUGUUGACCAAGAGCUAAAAGAUGGUAAACGCGGACUGAAGAAGACCAAGGAGCUAGAGUUACUGCACAAGUUGUAUCAGAAAUAGGUAAUUUUAUAAUAUGGGAUGGAAGAAAUGAAACGAUCAGAGAAUUGAAAAGUAAGAGAAAGCACCGAAGUAAGGGAACGGAGGUAAAAAAACAUAAAAAUAAACAUUAAUUUGCUUGUUACUUCAGUUACACCGCACAGCAAGGUAGAAAAUGAUCUGCUGAACGGAAAAAUGGACCAGCGAAUGGAGAAUCGGCAGAUUAAAAAAAAAUGAAUGAACAAAAGGUAAUUUGAGUGCAAAAGAAGAUGAGAGAUUGGCCUGAAUAGGGUUGAGCGCUACAAAACCAUCAACCGAGCAUGAUUUACGAACUAUGGAAGGUAAAAAGACGUAGUAAGUUAAUAAAUCAGAAUUAAAUCAUGGCUACCAUUCAAUUGUGUACAAAACAAGGUGAUCAAAAUAAUGGUGCUACUAGGAACCGAUGUGAACGGUUCUUAAAACAGUUAUGCAAGAGAAACCUACACAAACGGAUUAAACACGGCUUGAAACGAUCAAGGAAUUGUUUAAUUUCAUGUGUAUUAGAUAAAAUGCAAAUAUUAAAAGGUAUACUUUGUGCAAACAUGAUAUAUUGUGAUUGCUGAGCAAGCUCCCUCCUAUAUCAACGCUAAAAAAUGUUCAUUUUACUUGCCAUCAUACAACCAAUAGCUAUGGUCGGUCCCGU